AUGGUGGGUGCUUGCAGGUGUUCAAGCCACAGCGCUCCUCCCGCUCGCCCUGAUGAUGUCAUUGACGAUGUCACAGACGAUAAUGAAAGUGUGAGUGACAUCAUCGCCAAAGCCAACAAGGACAUCGAGUCUGCGAUGACUGAAGGUGACGUUAAGUCCGACGGUCGAAGAAACGCGCUCCACUGCUCGUCCUGUAAAUGGCCCAAAUAUGGAAAAUACGUCUCUAUCUACUACCACUUCAGCAAUAAAUACAGUGAGUGCUGGUCGUACAUCGGCAGGGUGCUGUACUAUCGGCGUCAGUCCCUCUCUCUCUCCUCCGCCUGUCUCACCACGGCAACCGUCCAACAUGAGCUCUUCCACGCACUCGGGUUCACCCACGAACACUCCCGCUCUGACCGCGACGAUCAUGUGACCGUACACUACGAGAACAUCCUGCCAGAUAAAAAGCACAACUUCAAAAAAUACAGAACCAACAACCUGUACACGCCCUACGACUUUGACUCUGUCAUGCAGUACCAGAAUUGGGCCUGGACCAGUAACAGGGAGAUGACUCUGACAUCCAAGGAAAACCCGAAGUUGAUGCUUGGAAUCGCAAAAUCUGCGAGCGACAACGACUUCCUGCGAGUGAAUCGCUACUACAAGUGCCCUGUCUGA